UCAUUUGGAAGUCAAUAAGAGUGACCCUCCAGAGAUGCACAGGCACUAUCACAAGACCUCCCCGUUUGAUGCCAAACAGCACCGUGAGCACCAAGAGAAUAAUGCCUGUGCCCAAGAAAGCAGGAAGUAAAACCAGCAGUGCUGCAGAAGAAAAGCUGCCGCCAUAUGAGCCAAAUGUCCCUGAACCAACCACCAGGGCUGACUUCAUGAAAUAUUGGAUCCCCCUCUCUCUGGAUGAUAAAACUGCACAGAAACUGUUGUGGAUUUCAGAGGGCGGGUCUAAGGUGGCCCGUACAUCAGAUGCAGUGUGCCCGUACCCCAACAGGCCUGAGAGAUAUGAACACUCACCACAGGUGCUGUGUAAGGAGAGUCUGCUGGGCUACCGAGGGUAUUGGGAGGUGGACUACGCUGGCUGGGUGGUGAUCGGGGUGGUCUGUGAGAGCGCACCCCGGAAGGUCCAGGACGGGCCCUGCGGCAUCGGGGAGAACAACGGCUCCUGGGGCGCCGGCUGGUCUGGUUCCUGCUACCAAGCCUGGACCAACAGCGAGAACGUGGACAUCGAGCUCCCCCAGUCCUCCACUAUGGGCAUCUACGUCGACCAGCCCGCCGGCAUCAUCAAGUUCCUCUUGGUGGAGGGAGAGAGCGAGAAGGAGGUGCGACUGAUUCACAAGUUCAAAGCCAACAUCCAGGAGAAGAUUUUCCCCGGGUUCUGGGUUGGCACGAAUUCGUUCUGCCUUAUUCGGAAAAAGGAUCAGUGACACAGUCGAGGUUUUAGCACGCGGGGGGUCAAGUAGUAUAAAUUAAAGAAGGCGUCAGGAGGGAGAUGGAAAGCUUGUGACGUUUGGGGAACAAGUGUCGGAGUUGUAAAGCAGAAGUGAAGCACGUUGUGACAUCUCUGUAGAUUGCGUUUGCACAAUUAUUUUAUUUACUAUUGUGUAUCGAUUUAUGUAUUUUAUUUAACUUAGAAUUUUAGGCAACGUCUUGUAUGUUUUUGCAACAUGCAGGACUUCGUCUGUACUAGAGUGAACUUCAGAGCCUGUGUCUUUUUUAUGCGCUAAAUGUAGUCAAUAAAAUCAGCUACUGUGUAAUAACACUGA